AUGCUUUCUGGAGCUGAGGUUGCUAAGCACAACAGCAAGGAAUCUUGCUGGGUGGUUAUUCAUGGCCACGCCUAUGAUGUCACGGAAUUCUUGCCAGAACAUCCUGGUGGAAUGGGCAUUAUCCUGAAGUACGCCGGCAAAGAUGCGACAGAAGAAUUCGACCCCAUACACCCUCCGGAUACCCUGGACAAAUAUCUAGAUAAAUCGAAGCAUUUAGGACCUGUUGACCCAAAUACCGUUGAAAAGAUCAAGAAAGAAGACGAUCCCGAGGAAGCAGAACGGCAAAAGCGAAUUCAGAAUAAACCGCCAUUGUCACAAUGCUACAACCUAAUGGACUUCGAAGCGGUGGCCAAGGACGUUAUGAAGAGAGGUGCUUGGGGAUACUAUUCCAGUGGUGCAGAUGACGAAAUAACGCUCCGAGAAAACCACGAAGCCUUCCACAGGAUAUGGUUCAAACCUAGGGUCCUAGUCGACGUCAAGAAAGUAGAUUUCUCCACUACUAUGCUUGGCACCAAAGUCGACAUUCCUUUCUACGUUACGGCAACAGCGUUAGGCAAGCUGGGACACCCGGAGGGCGAGGUCUUGUUAACCAAAGCCGCUAAGAAGCACAACGUCGUGCAGAUGAUUCCCACGCUGGCGUCCUGCUCGUUCGACGAGAUCGUAGAUGCCGCGGAGGGAGCCCAGGUACAGUGGCUGCAGUUAUACGUCAACUCGGACCGGGCGAUCACCGAGCGCAUCGUCCGGCACGCCGAGGAGCGCGGGUGCAAGGGGCUGUUCAUCACGGUCGACGCGCCGCAGCUGGGCAGGAGGGAAAAGGAUAUGCGAACUAAGUUUACGGACCAGGGGUCCAACGUCCAGACUGGCCAUCAGACGGAUAACUCGCAGGGCGCCGCCCGCGCCAUCUCGUCGUUCAUCGACCCCAGCCUCUCGUGGAAGGACAUCCCGUGGUUCCAGUCCAUCACCAAGAUGCCCAUCGUGCUCAAGGGCGUGCAGCGCGUCGAGGACGUCCUCAAGGCUAUCGAAUACGGGGUCCAAGGUGUCGUAUUGUCGAACCACGGCGGCCGGCAGCUGGAUUUCUCCCGGUCCGGCAUUGAAGUGUUGUCGGAGACGGUACCGGUCCUACGGGAAUUAGGACUCGAGGGCCGCAUUGAAAUUUUCGUAGACGGAGGCGUGCGGCGCGCCACGGACAUUAUCAAGGCGCUGUGCUUGGGCGCCAAGGGCGUGGGUAUCGGUCGUCCGUUCUUAUACGCCAUGUCGGCAUACGGCCUGGACGGCGUUGACCGAGCUAUGCAGCUCCUCCGCGACGAGAUGGAGAUGGCGAUGCGCCUGAUCGGGUGCACUAGCGUCGACCAGUUCAACUCGUCGCUCGUCGAUACGCGAAACUUGAGCAGCCACGUUACGGGUGUGCCUCGAGACUAUCUCGGCCACAAGGUAUACGAUCCGCUUGUUACACCAGCGUUUAAGCCUCCUAAAUCUAAGCUAUAA